AUGUCGCAAACUUGUUCCUCAUCAGAUCAGCAUACAUACCGUCGUCCUGCGGAGAAUGGACAACAGCAGUUUGUCAUUCUUGCCUGGCCGGGAGAGUCCAUGGAGUACUACGAACAAUUUGAAGGGUCACGGGCCGCGGUCAAGGAUACAAUUUCCGCCAUUGCCGACGCCGCCGCGCGAUUCGUGCGUGUAAAACUACUCGUCGAAGAAAAGGACCUCGCGGCGGCCAGGCAGCGCUUCGCCGCCAGCAACGCAAAAAACGCGCACCACGUCGACGUCUGCACCGUCAGCACCGGCUGCCCAGACGUGUGGAUGCGGGAUAUGGCGCCCACGUUUACCGUCAGCGACGAUGGCACGCUCUGCGGCGUUGAUUGGCACUUCAACGGCUGGGGCGGCCAGAAGACCUCGGAAGCAUGCCUCCAGCUUGCCCGGUCGCUGCUCGCCGACUUUGCCAUACCGCGCAUCGCCGGCUCGAUCGUGACAGAGGGCGGCGCGCUCGAGGUCGACGGCGAGGGUACCCUCAUCGCCAGUGAAAGCUCCCUCAUCAACGACAACCGAAACCCGGGCAAGACGAAGGACCAGGUAGAGGCUGAGCUCAGCCGCACGCUCGGCAUACGCAAGUUCAUCUGGGUGCCGGGCCGGAAGGACCUCGACUCAACCGAUUUUCACAUUGACGCCGUGGCGCGCUUCGUGCGCCCCGGCGUCGUGCUCUGUUCCCGGCCGCGGGACAAGCCCACUGGGGAGGACGAAGAAGAGGGCGAGUGGAUCGCAGCGCACGCGGAAGUGCGCCAGAUCCUGGCUGCCGCCACGGACGCGCGUGGCCGGCCGCUCGAGGUGCUCGAGGUGCUCGAACCCCGAAUCGGCAAGGAGUGCUGGCUGCCGAACCCACCCCCCGGCGCUCGCGCCGUCUUUAGCUAUGCCAACUACCUCCUCGUGGGGGGCGGCGGCGUGAUUCUCUCCCAGUUUGGCGACGGCGAGGCGGAUGCGGCUGCGUUGGCGACGGUGCGCGCAGCGUUUCCGGAGAGGGAGGUGGUGCCCGUGUAUGCGCGUUCAUUGGGCUUGUUUGGUGGCGGGAUCCAUUGCGCAUCACAAGAGGUUCCUCAUGUCUAG